UAAACCCGACUUCAGUGUGGACAAAUACACCAAGCAGCUUGUGAAGGAAUGUGUUGGCGGGGCAGAUUUGCAACAGCGCAAGAAGGACAUUCAAGUGUACAGCGACCAGACGUCAGCAACGCUGAAAAAGUCUGUAUACGCCAAUUAUAUGCAAUUUAUCGAAACUGCAAAGGAAAUUUCCCAUCUCGAAUCCGAAAUGUACCAGUUGUCGCAUAUUCUUAUCGAGCAGCGCAACAUACUUGCUUCACUUACAGAUGAGAAAACCCCUGGUAAUACCCAGUCCAAUGAAGAAGGGGAAGAACAGCCUACGCAAGAGGAAGUGGAGAAUAGCCAUGCUACACGCGCUGUAAAGGAAAUGGUGCAGGGUUUCAAUGGCAAUCUUGAGGGCAAAACUUUUCUAAACGAGGGUGCCCUUAUUGAGCUGGAUGCAAAUGAUUAUAGGCCUAUACAGCGAGUAUUUUUCUUUUUAUUCAACGAUGUGCUAAUCGUAUGUAAAGUGAAACAUGAUAAGCGCUUAGAGUUUCUCACAGAGUACGAUCCCAAGAAGAUUGCUGUAAUAAAUAUUAAAGAUUUAGAUGGCGUUCGCAAUGCUAUAAAUAUAAUAACACCAGAUGGCUCAAAGAUUUUUCAAAGUGUCACAGCUGCAGGCAAGACGGAAUGGAUUGAAAAAUUAGAAGUAGCCUUUCGUUUUGAUCAGCAAAAGAAAGCGAACAAAAAGGGUCCAGCGCCACAGCCACCAAAAGCCAGACAAAAAGAUUCACCCAGUGACGCUAAGUCGCUGCUCUCCGAUCUCAGUCCAACUGAAUCUCAAGCUGGCAAAGUAGUAGAAAACUAUGGCCCCGAAUGGAUUGCGAUUGCCAGUGAAGAAAUACAAACACUUAUUGCACAAAGGCAUUUCGAAGAUGCGCAAGCGCUCAUAAAACGUACGCAAGAAUAUUUAACAAAGGAUGCAAAUUUUGUAAAUGCAAAACAAAUCGCCGAGAAGGUGAAGGCACUGGAAACACAACUUACCGAUGUGCUGCUUCAGGAGCUUUCCAAUUGUCACUGUCGCAAUCUGCAGGUGACGCUGCGUGCCUCGCGGCGUUCGCUAAAAAUACUUGUCGAUAUAGGACGCGCACGACAGGCUUGUGGCACGCUACUUAAAGUGGCCACAAUGGCGCUACGCACAGCACAGCGAGAGGCGCGCCGCAAUAACGCAGAAAUAUCUGAGUUAUUCUUCUGUGACUUGACGCAGGUGGCUUGCGAAUUUUUGAGUGCAUUCGAGACACAACCGGCAUGUGUGAGCGCGCUCGUUGUUUGGUGCAAUGCGGAAUUGCAGUACUUUGCCAGUCAACUAAUAAAGCAUUAUCUUACAAAAGGCACACACCUAGACGCUGUUGCAAAGUGUAUUGAGGGCAUACGCAAACCGUGUGCAAAGCUAACUGAAAUCGGCUUGGACCUUUCCUACCAUCUUGAGGGCCUCUUACGCAGCACGCUAGAGUCUUUAAUUGAGGAAUCUCGUGUGCGUUUGCUAGAGACUGUUGGGCGCAGUGAAGACAGCUGGCAGCCGUACAAUUUACAAACCAAAAGCAAUCUUAAGCGUUUGCUAUUGGAAUUAGACGCACUUGGCUUUGAUAUGCGCACACAUACAACUGGCGACACCUGGAUUAACCUUACACAAUCCACAGUGAUGUUUACACGGCAUUAUCUGCAGUUGACGGCGCAAUGCGCCUACUUGGCUAAAAGUGAAGUGCUAUGGCCAAGUUUGGAGGUGCUAUUACGAGAUCUAAUGGUGGCGCAACAAGCAGUAAAGCCGGUGGCGGGCUUGAGUGUCGAUCCUAAUUUUGUGCUGAAGAAUAAACUAUUUCUACUUGAGGAGCUGCUGCCUACUGCAAUUGAUAACUUCCGCCUCAUAAGCGGCAGCGAACGAAAAUGUGAAAUGCUGUUGGAAUUGCAGCGUCAAUUGCGCAAGCAGCUGGCGCCCGUGCCCAAACAACGGAGUGUCUAUCAAACAGAUGUGUUUUAAAGUUUUUACAUUAAGCACAGAACCUAAAGUAUUCUAAACGUUUCCCAAACUUCUAAAUAAAUACAUAAAUUAAAUACGCC